ACUGAUUAGUAUCAGUCACUGGCACGCGACCCAAUUGGGACGAUAGCCAAUAGUCAAAAAAAUUUUAAGUAUCAGUUGCAAUGUCUUGCAGACAACCGAAUUCCUUUGACUUCCGCAGCAUCAUAACGACAGAAGAUGUCAAUACUGUUGCAAAAAAAGCUAUUGGUAAACACGCGCAAGUCUUGAAGUAUUCGAUUCACGCUUAUUCUGAAGAAAAAAUCGGAUUUUUGUCUUCACACUUGCGCUUGGACAUAACAGUAAAAAACAUCAAUUUCGACAAUUCUUCAGUUAAAAAAAGUUUUUUUGUCAAAUCUGUACCAUACGAUUACCCGGACCAGGCUUCUUACAUAAAAGACACGGAAGUGUUUCGUCAAGAGACGGGAUUUUUCAAAGACCUGGUGCCGAAGAUGUCGAUUGAAUAUACGGGAGAUAUUUGGGGUCCGCGGUGUUAUUUGAUAAAAGCGGAUGCAUUAGUACUCGAAGAUCUGGGAUUCCAAGGGUUCAAAAUGCACCCGAAAAAAUUAUUGAGCGAAGAAUUGAUAAAGUCUGGGUUACAAGCGCUGGCGAAUUUGCACGCGUCUUCUCUGGUGAUUGAGAAACAACUCGGCCGGCCGCUUAUUGAUGUCUACCCUCAUGUUGUAGAGCAAAAUUAUUUUCUUAAAACGGGAAAUCAGUACCGGUGGUAUUGCGCUGGUGUAGAUCUCGCGAUUAAAAUUGCCGAAGACAUGAAUUUGGACACGACAUUCAUUUCUGAUACUUGUGAAAAAGUAUUCGAUGCUAUAAAACCUUCACCGACUAAACGUAAUGUUAUAAGUCAUGGAGAUUUGUGGUCUAAUAACCUCAUGUUUGAUGAUUCAUCACCACCGCGUUGUCGUAUAAUUGAUUUUCAACUUAUCCGAUACUCCCCGCUGGCAGCGGACGUUGCUCUGUUUCUGUAUCUCUGCUCUUCUCGUAAGUUUCGUGAUUCUAAAACUCUGGAAAUGAUGAAAUACUAUUAUGAUAAUUUGAUAAAGUGUUUGAAGAUGAAUCCAGUUAUAGAAGAAUAUCCCUCGUGGGAAGAAAUAAUUGAUGGGUAUGAAGAACAAAAACUUGGCGCUGUUAUCACGGCAACGCUUUACUUUCCGACUACUCUUCUUGAUAGUAAACUUGGCGCUAAAAUAAUGAACAAUGCAGAGACCUAUAGUAAGUUCAGGUAUGAAGACAGGAGAGAUAUCGUUACGGAAAUUAUGAAGAUAAAUUCGGAAUAUAACUCAAUUCUCAAAGAUAUCGUUGAGGAAUUAGUUGAUUUAUCGCUGAAGCUCAACUCUUCACCUGUACUUAAUUAAAAAAAGUGACAUCCGGCCUUACCUGGAAUGGAAGGAUAGAUUUAUUAUUUAAAUAAAUUUGAAAUUACGUUCUAAAAUCAUCAAUUAAUCUUCCGAAAACUAAAAUAAUUGUGUAGGAUUGAUUUCUAUCUCAUGGUAUUGAUUCUGGUUCCGUGGAAACGCUACAGGAAAUGAAAUAAUAAAUUACAAAUUAAUUGAUAAUAGUGUAUAUUACUACUAUUUUAUGAGCUAUACUAUGAAAUUUACGAAUUUGAGUUAUGUCAUCAUUCAGAAGCGAUGAGAAGAUGAAGCUGCGAAAGUAAAUUUAGGUUCCAUACCUAAUGAACUUCGAAAAUUUGAACUUUUACACUUUAAACUUGGAAAUUUGAACUUUUGUAAAUUUGAACUUUGGUAAAUUGGAAAUUUGAAUAACUUAAUAUUUCUUUUAUCAAAAAUAAUUUUUUUUUUAUAUAAUUAUUUUUUUAUUCAUUCAUCAUCAUCAUCAUCAUCAUCAUCAACAUAAUAAAAGUUCAAAUUGUCAAGUUCAAAUUGGUAAAGUUCAAUUUUCAAAGUUCAUUAGGUCGGUCACCUAAAUUUAAAUUUGGUGACAGUAGAGCACUAUCUCUCUGCUUCGCGGUCGAGGUGUGCAAUUUUUUUCAAAUAAUGGAGAUCAUCAAUUUGUUGGAAGAAAUUUUCAUAAAACACAAAUUAUGCAAUGGAACUUAAAGCUGAUUUCAGGAACUUCAAAAUGCAUUUUACGAAAUUAAGUUAUCGCUUUAUAUAUAAACUUUUUAACUGAUGGAAUUUUUUGGCAAAAUAAAACAUAUUACCGUAAAAUUAUUUGAAAAUUGCGACAUGUGACCCUACAACAUCUAUAUUUUUUAAAGAAAUAUAUCUAAGAAAUAAUAAAUAAUAAAAUAUCAAUAAAUGGUCUUAGAUUUUCAAAAAGAAAAAAA